CUGCAGCCUCCCUUCAGUCAAACAGCACCGGGCAGAGCGGAGAGGAGCAGCGGGUCAGCGGCUCAUAACUUUACUGCAACACAUCUGGACUAGACGCUGCGAUGCUGCCGCUGCUGCAGAGAGGACCCUCUGCUGCUUAUGUUGCACUUUUAUUAUUUCAUUUUCUGGAGCCAACUUUGGUGCAUACCUUCAACCUGGACACCAGUCAUGUCAUCAGGAAAGCCGGAGAGCCUGGGAGUCUGUUCGGGUUCUCGCUCGCCAUGCACCGGCAGCUCAACCCGGAUAAAACAAUGCUGUUGAUUGGAGCACCCAGAGCCAGAGCGUUGGGAAAACAGACCGCCAACAUCACAGGAGGCCUUUAUAAAUGUGAAAUCAGUCAGUCCAAUGAUUGUGAGCGCAUUGAGUUUGAUAAUGAAGAGAACGUCCAUGUCGAGAACAAGGAGAAUCAGUGGAUGGGGGUGACGGUUCAGAGCCAGGGACCUGGGGGAAAGAUUGUGACUUGUGCUCAUCGCUAUCAGAGGCGCAUGUUUGUGAACACGCCUCAGGAGUCCCGGGACAUCACCGGGCGCUGUUACGUCCUGAGUCAGGACCUGACCAUCGACUCGUCCUCUGAUGAGGAUGGAGGUAACUGGAACUUCUGCGAGGGCCGAGCCAGAGGCCACGAGAUGUUCGGAUCUUGCCAGCAGGGAUUGGCUGCCACCUUCACCAAGGACUACCAUUACGUGGUGUUUGGAGCACCAGGAGCUUACAACUGGAAAGGCAUUGUAAGAGUGGAGCAAAAGAACAACACUUUGCUAGAGAUGGGAGUGUAUGAUGACGGCCCGUUUGAAGUUGGAGAUGAACAUCUCUUGAACCCCGAGCUUGUGCCUGUACCUGCCAACAGCUACCUCGGAUUCUCCCUCGACACGGGACACAGCAUCACACAAACUCGUGGCCUGACGGUGGUGGCUGGAGCACCCAGAGCCAAUCACAGUGGAGCUGUGGUCCUGUUGAAGAAACAGAGCGAAGCCUCCAGCAGACUUCUGGUGGAGCACACCCUGUACGGGCCAGGACUCGCAUCCUCCUUUGGCUACGAUGUGGCGGUGGUGGACCUGAAUGGUGACGGAUGGCAAGACAUAGUUGUAGGAGCUCCUCAGUUCUACAUGAAGGACAGAGACGUUGGAGGAGCUGCUUACGUCUACAUCAACCAGGCAGGAAGGUGGGAAGGAAUCACGCCCAUCCGUCUAAACGGGACCAAAGACUCCAUGUUUGGACUGGCAGUGGAGAACAUUGGAGACAUCAACCAAGACUCAUAUGAAGACAUUGCCGUCGGAGCUCCUCAUGAUGACGGCGGUGCAGGGAAAGUCUACAUUUAUCAUGGCUCUGCACAAGGAAUCAAAACCAGCCCUGCACAGGUCCUUUCAGGAAAAGAGCACAACGUGCGACUCUUUGGAUAUUCUCUGGCAGGGAACAUGGACUUGGACAGUAACUCGUAUCCAGACGUGGCUGUCGGCUCUCUGACGGACACAGCUCUGAUCUACAGGGCACGGCCAGUCAUUAGCCUCAGGAGAGAUGUCAAAAUAUCUCCACAGGAAAUUGACCUUACAAUCAAAACCUGUGGUAACAGCAUUUGUUUCACUGUGGACGCAUGCUUCACCUGCAAAGCAAACCCUGCAUCUUACAACACAAGACUAACUCUCGGCUACUCUGUCGAGGCGGACGGAGAUCGCAGGAAACACGGGCUUCCCUCCAGAGUGAUGUUCCUCAACAAAUCCCGCACUGAAACAGACUUCCAGUUUAACGGCACCUUGGACCUCCGCGGCCAAAACCAGAAAUCAUGCAUCAAGAUAACAGCCAAACUGAAGGAUAACAUUAAGGACAAGAUGCGCAGCAUUCCCAUCGAGGUGUCUGCAGACAUUGUGGGUACUAAACGACAGAAGACGAGGAACGGCCUCCCUCAACUCAUGCCCAUAUUAGACUCCUCUCAACCGAGCAAAGACGUCAUUGAGGUCAACUUUGUAAAAGAGGGAUGUGGAAGGGAUCAUAUCUGCCGAAGUAACCUGAAGAUGGAGUACAAAUUAUACUACAAACAAAGCAACCUAGACGUGUACUCCCCAUUACCCACCAAGAACAACGUCCCUGUGUUUCAUCUGAAUUACGAGAGGAAGGACUUGGCUGUGCGUGUGACAGUCAACAACAUGAAUGAAGAUGAUGCUUACGAGGCAAAACUGGUGGGGACUUUCCCAGAUACGCUGUCUUAUUCUGGAGUGCGCUCACAUCAAACAACGAUGGAAAAGCCGAUCAUCUGUACAGCCAAUCAGAACGGCUCUCAAGCAGACUGUGAGCUGGGGAACCCUUUUAAGAGAGACUCAAAGGCUACAUUUUACAUCAUCCUGAGCACCGUGGGUAUGACUCUCGACACCACAGAGAUUGACAUCGACCUGCAGCUCCAAACAACAAGUGUGCAAGAAAACAUUGCCCCUGUUAAAGUGAAAGCUAAAGUAAUCAUUGAAUUGCCGUUGACGGUCAGUGGGGAGGCCAGCCCUAAUCAGGUUUCUUUUGGAGGUGUUGUGAAAGGUGAAAGUGCCAUGAAGACAGAAGAAGAGAUUGGAAGUUUGAUUACUUAUAAAUUCAGAAUAAACAACUUGUGGAAGUCUUUGCAGCCUUCAGUCAAAGCCUCGCUUCACAUUCAUUGGCCCAAAUAUAACAAAAACGGUAAAUGGCUUCUGUACCUGGUGAAGAUCACCGCUACAGGACCGGAGGAGGUCUUUUGCUCUCCCGAGUCUGAAAUCAACUCUCUCAAACACAUCCAGGAGACGUUCAGGACAAAACGGGAAAUUGGAGAAAGAAAAACUGUUGGCAAAAUGUCUUCACUGUCAGACAAGAAAAAAGUUUUGACGUGUGACAGUGGGAUCAAAUGUGUGGUGCUCCGGUGCCCCCUACAGGGCCUGGACGGUACCACAGUAGAGCUGAGAUCUCGUCUCUGGAACUCAACCUUUAUUGAGGAUUACGCCUCUAUUUCAAACAUGCAUAUCGUUGUGAAGGCCUCCCUCGUCUUCCACACUCAGGCUAAAAACAUGAUCCUGAGAACUCCUCACACUGAUGUGACAGUGUCAGUGUCCCCUGAAGGUGCCGUAGCGCAGCACACUGGAGUUCCCUGGUGGAUCAUACUGGUGGCUGUUCUAGCAGGCAUCUUGAUUUUGGCUUUGUUGGUGUUUCUGCUCUGGAAGUGUGGAUUCUUCAAACGCUCCAAACAAGAGGACAGCGUCCCUCGCUACCACGCGGUGCGGAUAAGAAAGGAAACUCCUCCUGAGUAUAAAGAUGGAAAAGUCAAGCUUGAUCCUUUUGAGAAAAAGCAGUGGAUGACGACUUGGGUCGACGAUGAAAGUUACUCAUGACUGAUUUUUAUGUUCAAAUGAUUUUUGCAAACAGUCUCAAGCCACAAACACGAUGAACUUUGCUUUUUCUUGUUCACUCGGUGAACAGCAGUGAUUUUCCUUUUUCAGGAAUUAGUUGGGUUCAUGUCUUUGGUUUUUUACACUGUAUAGAUGAUGAAAUGUUUCUUUAAUGUAAGUUUUGUAUAUAUUUAAAUACUUCUGCACACUGUAUAUUUAUUUUUUGAUAAAAAAUAAUUUCAUGCAGCCAAAGAAUUUUUAGUCUUAUGUGUGUCCUCGAGCAGAUGGACAAGCGACAAAGUUUACUACUGUUUCUAUGGAGUUGUGCUGUCUCACUAAAAGCUGAAAGUCUAUGCAAGGACGGUACAGCUAUCUCAGUGUCAUGUGAAUAUAAAUCAGUAUUUUUUUUUUCUGUUGUGUUUUAUGUGUCAGUACUUUUCAACAAAAAUGCUUCUGUUCAAUUUGGAAUGACAUUUAGGUACAUUAUAAUUUCACAAUAAUUAAAGGUGCACAAAUCUUUGAUUGAUUCUUCUCACUGUUGAGGUGUUCAGGUAGCAUCCACUGUACUGUAGGUCAUCACUGAAGGUCCAUGUUAGGAAUCCAAAGGGAAGAUGGACAAAAGAAACUGAAAUGUUUGUUUUAUAGAUUCAAAGUCUUGUUGAAUUGUCAAGUGUAAUAAAAUGCUUAAAAGCUGA